AAGACAGCGGUUUCGGUGUACACGAAAACAUGACUGAAAAGUCAGAAAUAAUUCAACAACUUCACAUAGCUGUAGAGAAUGACAGAACAGAUAUCUUACGAGCUUUUAUAUCAACAAUAGAACAAAAUGAUGACCAUCAUCAGGUGAUAUCAAAUGUACUGAACAAUUGUUACCAUGACGAUGGAACAUUACUUCAUGUUGCUUCAAAGCUUGGAAAGAUAGAUGUAGUUAGAACCUUAUUGUCAUCCGGAAGUGAUCCUGGUAUCCACAACUCUUAUGGUAAAACAGCAGUGGACUUAGCAGCAACACAUAAUAUUACCAAAGUCUUUAACGAAGAACUGUUACAGGCUGCAGCCCAAUCUAAUGUUGGAAGAAUUUGUCAGUUAUUAGCUGCAGGAGUAGAUGUGAAUCUGUACGACAGUGAAGAAAGUAAAAGUUCACCUCUUCACUGGGCUGCAUCAUUUGCCAACAGAGAUAUCAUCCAAUGUUUAUGUGCAAGAGGCGCUGAUGUGAAUCAGAUAAACAGUCAAGGUUACUCUCCAUUACAUGAUGCCAUUAAAAGAGGAGAUGUUGAGGUCAUCACAGAGUUACUUGCUUAUGGUGCUCAUUCAUCAGUUAAUGUCAGAGCUGGCAAAGAUGAAGGGAAGACAUGUAAAGAUUUAGCUGGAACGAGGAAAGAAAUAGUCCAUGCCUUAGACAAUCCUCCACCACUUAUAAAUAUAGAAGAAGAAUUCGAUUUGGGAAAACUUUCUUUGAAAUCUGACAUUGGAGCUGGUACAGAAACAAUAGAGAUGAAUGGAACAGCAGCUAAUGGAUCAGAACCAGGAUCUCCUGAAUUGAAGACUCCUAUAUUUAUGAAAACAGUAUCUUUUGAUGACAUGAUCCAGCCACCUCACCCUGUUGUUACAGAAGAGAAACUGAGCUUGUUAUGGCCCCAACCACAGAGCAUGCUACAGCAAGAAACAAAACCUUUUGUCAUCCGUCAUCAUCUUCCUAUAUAUGUGUCAGGGGGACCAGCUGAAAAUUCCAUACAAGUAAUGAAGAUUGUAAAAAUGAGAAAACUUAGUUUUACAUCAUUGGGUCUGGAUCUGUCAGUCAACCUCCUAAGUAGUCUGAGUGAUACAAGAGUACCACAUCUUCAGUGCCAUGUCAACAACAGAUUAUGUCCAGGACAUGGGUUAUACAAGCUCACAAUAUCUCAAGGACAGAUAAAAAUGUUGUGUAGUGAUUACAGCAGUUUACAUUGUGCCAUAUCUACUGUGUAUCAGCUGAUGUCAUUGUAUAAAGAUAAUGAGGAAAUAAUUAUACCUGGACUUUUGAUUGAUGAUUGGCCUGAUCUACACUACAGAGGAGUUCUUUUUGAUGCUUCACAAGGCAGAUUACCUAACUUUGAAACUCUAAAGAGGGUGAUAGACACAUUAGUCGGACUUAAAAUCAAUAUGGUGCAGUUGUUUUGCAGGUUUUUAAAGACACAAGGUUGGCAAUUAGGAUAUUCCAAAAGUGAGAUAAUGGAUUUGGUAGAUCAUUGUACUGAUCUAGGUAUACAGUUAGUCCCUGUGUUAGAGGUGGCACCACAGGUCCAGUUUGAUGAACUAGAUGAUAUAUACUCAACCAUUGAAGAUUUUAUGACUUGUUUUACAGAUAGUCAGUUUGUAAGUCUUGGUCCACGGUUGAGUAGUUUUGUGAUUGAUACAGAAAAUAAUGUGUUAGAUGUGACUGAUGCUGUGAAACUUUUACCUCUACGCCAUAACCAGAUUCUCAAUAUAUGUGGGUAUCCGUUACAUGGUAUGGACUCGGAACUGUUAAUUCACCUGCCACCAGAUGUUGUCAUCAGUGAAUAUGGUAUACAGGCAGACUAUGAUUUCCAGAGAUUUUGUUCACCAUUGUCCAGUCAUGGGAUAAGUUAUAUAAUGUGUCCAGGAACUUCAGCAUGGAACAGUUUAGCAGGUUGUCCUGAGGCAGCUAUAAACAACAUUUUUAGUGCUGUAAAAUGUGGGGAUGCCCAUGGUGCUCUAGGGGCAAUAGUCUGUAACUGGUCUGGUAAAGGACACUUAACACAUUUACCAUUUGCCUGGCCUGGUAUCCUUGUACUUGCAGGAUUAGCAUGGAAUUCUGAUUGUCACCAGGAUUAUUUGUAUGGCAACCUCGGGGAGCUUUUAAAUCGUCACAUUUUUAAGGACACCUCAAAUACAAUUGGUCAUGUGAUAGUGGAACUUGGUCGAGCAGAAACAUAUCUCAUACGCUGUUGUAGAGGACAAGCAGGUGGAGAUAGUCAUAAAUUACCAGAUGAAAAUGGAUCAACGUUAUUUCAAUUCUUCUUUAAUCCUGAUGCAGUGCCUAUAGAACAUUUAACACCAGAGGCCUUACAGAGAAGUGUUCGUCAUUUGAAGAAGUGUCAGCAAGAAGUGCUAAAGCUAAAUAUGACCUGUGAAGAUGGCGAACAAAUUAAAAAGGAACUAAGCCUUACCUGUGAUCUGAUGAUAUUUUCUGCAAGAAUAUGUAAAUCCUUGUUACUGGCUGGUAAGAAUCCAAUGGUUGGACAUGCAGGUUAUGCUGUUGUAAAUUUGGGGGUCAGUAAUCUUCCAGCUACAGUCAAAACAGAUCUGGCUAACAGGUUAUUAGAGUUAAUGGAACCUUACAAAGAAGUAUGGCACAAGAGAUAUGUAGUAAAUGCAGGUUUGACUGAGUCAGUAGGAAGGUUACAGAAUGUGUUUAAACUUUUAGUACCAGGAAGUGAUUCAGAAGGUCUUAUGACACAACAAAGUCAUGACGACCAAGUUCAACAUGUGUAAUGUAGGCAGCUUCUUAGCAACACAACCAUGAAGGUCAAAAGUCAGCAUUUCUAAUCCAGGGAAUAGAAGCAAAUAAGGAAAUCUUGCAAUUUGUUAUUUCAGAAUCUAAUGCAUUUUGGGUAAUAUUUUCAAAAGCAUACACCAAAAUGUUGUGAUUGGUUAAAAAUGUCUUUAACAAUGGAAAUUCAACCAAUGAUGUGAUAUUAUAUUAAUUUUGGGGUACAAGCAAAAAAUAGUGGGUUAAGAAUUUUUUUUUCUUUGUGGGUUAAUUCUUUACAAUAAAAUGGGUUAAGAACAUC